AUGAAGCUGUCACACCUUAUCCUUGCUGCCACGGCCCUCCUCCUUCUGGCUGGCUAUGACCCUGUCCUCAGCACCUCCAGUGGGAACCUGCGAACUUUCGUGGGCUGUGCUGCAAGGGAGUUCACUUUCUUGGCCAAGAAGCCGGGCUGUAGGGGACUGCGGAUCACCACCGAUGCCUGCUGGGGCCGCUGUGAGACCUGGGAGAAACCCGUCCUGGAGCCUCCAUACAUCGAAGCCUAUCAUCGAGUGUGCACCUACAACGAGACCAAACAGGUGACGGUGAAGCUGCCUCACUGUGCCCCAGGGGUCGACCCCUUCUACACCUACCCGGUGGCUGUCCGAUGUGAUUGCGGGGCGUGUUCCACUGCCACCACCGAGUGUGAGACCAUCUGA